CCUUCCUGCAGCUCGGCGCUUCAUCGGCAGCCCAAGACCACGAAGGGAAUUGAAUGUGCGUUCGGAACUCGGAACCGUGAUGAGGCACUGGAGGCGGUCGUGGACUUAUUGCGACAGUGCAGAGCGGGCAAUACAGCCAUCUCUGACAACGAGUCAUCCACGAUCAGGCUCCCGCGUGUAGAUUUCUGGGUCUCGGCCGGGAUGGGAAUGGUAAGCUUGGCAAGACGAGGUCGGAGUUGUAUGCUCCCGGCUCCGGCUGCCUGGACGUGGCGUCGUCGUCGUUGGCUGGUCACAGACUUCGAUCGAGAGCUGUCGAGAUCACGAGGAAAACCGUUAGCUACUGACAAGCGCUGUCUCGGAAAUGUUGGACGGUGGAUCUUCACAAGCGCGGGUGCAGCUGAAGAAUGUUGGGAGUGUUGGUGGCAUGCCAAGAGGAUGGGAGAGGGCUUGAGAGAGAACUCUCCGGCCAGAAGUGUUGCGUGUCGAAGUCAACCGGCUAUGACGCACAGCAAUAAUAGGCGCCCAUACCAGCCAGGCGUACGAGCUUUUUUGCCGAUGGGAAGAAGCGUUGAUUUUGGUGGAGCACCUCUCUACUUCCGGGCGGGUGAGCGGCCUGCUACGCAGGUAGAGGAGCUGGGGGGGCGGAGAAAGAAAAUACCGCUCUACAUGUGCUUCGUCGACUUGAACAAGGCGUAUGAUUCGGUGGACCGAGAGAUGCUAUGGAAGGUGCUGGCCAGGGCCGGGAUUCCCGCGAAGCUGAUCGAAGUCAUCCGCCAAUUCCACGAUGGAAUGCGGGCCCGGGUGCGCAUGGACGACGGAGAACUAUCGGACUGGUUCUUCGUGACACAGGGCGUGCGACAAGGAUGUGUGCUAUCCCCACUGCUAUUCAACAACUUCUUCGCCGAGGCCCUCGAGGUCGU